CUGAAGCAGCAAGACCAUUGGUGGGUGAAAAGAUGGAAAGGCUUCAACUUCUACUGCUCCUGCUAAGUACCACAUAUUCCACUGCCUUUCCUGUUGACCCAGGCAGCAAAACUGAAGACAUGCACUUAGUUGAGGAAUAUCUACAACAUUUCUACAGUCCUCAAGGGGAGCCAAUUCCCCAAACAAAGUCAGGAGACUUUUUGACUGAAAAGCUGAAAAAAAUGCAAGAGUUUUUUGGGCUGGACGUGACUGGGGAGGUGGAUGCUGAAACAUUAGAUGUAAUGAAGAAGCCCAGGUGUGGCGUACCUGACCUAGGUGACUUUACCCUCACAGAAGGAAAUCCUAAAUGGGACAAAACUCAUCUCACUUACAGGAUCGAGUCUUACACCCGAGAUUUACAUCAAACGGAAGUGCAAGGAGCAAUCCGGAAAGCAUUCGAAGUCUGGAGCAAUGCGUCACCCCUGACAUUCGAAGAAAAAAAUGAAGGCACUCAAGAUAUCAUGAUCUCCUUUAACGUCAGAGAUCAUGGAGAUAACUCUCCUUUUGAUGGACCCAGCGGGGUACUGGCUCAUGCUUUUCAGCCUGGAAAGUAUAUAGGUGGAGAUGCCCAUUUUGAUGAUGAGGAACAUUGGACAGUACAAGGACCAAAAGGCACCAACCUGUUUCUUGUUGCUGCCCAUGAGUUUGGACAUUCACUGGGUCUGUCCCAUUCUAAUGAACCUGGAGCACUGAUGUACCCCACCUAUUCUUACCAAGAUCCUAGGACAUUUCAACUUCCUCAAGAUGACAUUAAUGGCAUUCAAACUGUCUAUGGACAAUCACAGAACCCACAACAACCAACUGGCCCCAUCACACCAAAAGCUUGUAGUUCCAGAACAACGUUUGAUGCUGCCACCACCUUACGUGGAGAAAUCAUGUUCUUUAAGGACAGGUUUUUCUGGCGCAAAUCUCCUCACAUACCAGAUAUAGAACUCAAUACCAUUUCCCUCUUCUGGCCGGGUCUGCCAUCUGGAAUAGAUGCUGCCUAUGAAAGUUAUGAAAAAGACCAAGUUUUUCUUUUUAAAGGAAACCAAUACUGGGCUCUAAAUGCCUACGAUAUUGUGCAGGGCUAUCCUCAAAGCAUCAACCGCCUGGGCUUUCCCCGAAACGUUCGAAAAAUCGAUGCUGCUUUCAGCGAUCCAGAAACUGGAAAGACCUAUUUCUUUGUAGGUGACCAGUACUGGAGAUAUGAUGAACACAGACAACAUAUGGAAAGGGGAUACCCCAGAAGAGUAUCCCAAGACUUCAGAGGAGUUGGUCCCCAAAUUGAUGCUGCUCUUAGGCAUGAUGGCUACGUCUAUUUUUUCCAAGGAACAAAGCAGAUACAGUUUGAUCUUAACAGCAAAAGAGUUGUUCGAAACAAUCUAAGAACCAAUACUUGGCUGAACUGUUGAGACAUCUCUGCUCAGUUCUACCUCAAAG